GGCGGUGCCGCGGCCUGCGGUGGUGUGCGGGAUGAAGCGGCUGUGGCCGCUGCUCUGGGCCGCGCGGGGCCCGCGCCGCCUCUCGUCGGGCGCUUCCCCGGCCAUGGAGGAGCUGCUGCGCCGCUCGGUGCCGCCGCUGCCGCCCUACGAGACCAAGGAGAAGGCGCCGCCGCCCGCCGAGCUGCGCGGCGCGGAGUUCGUGAGCUUCUACCGCGCGCUGCAGCCCGGGCCGCCCCGCGCCGAGCUCCUGACCCGCCUGGCCCGCGACUUCGGCGUGGAGCACGGGCGGGUGGCCGAGGCCGCCGCCAAGGUGCUGCAGGCCCGCGAGCAGCGCAGGGAGCCGGGGGCGCUGCUGCAGGCCGAGGACCGGCUCCGCUACUACCUGAACCCCCAGUACCGAGGGCUCUUCCAGCAGCUGGGCCGCCUGGAGGGCGGGCCGCGCUUCCUCGUGGAGCUCAGGGCCGACCUGAUGGAGGGGCUGGCGAGCAAGGCCGUGGAUGGGCCCCACGUCAAGUUCUGAAGCUGUGCACCCUGUGAGGAACUGGCUUGAUAUGAAGAGGCGAGUUGGGGCCUACAGGAGGUGCUACUUCUUCUCUCACUGUGCCAUCCCAGGAGAGCCCCUGAUUGUCCUGCACGUGGCCCUCACCAGUGACAUCUCCAGCAGCAUCCAGGCCAUAGUGAAAGAAGUGCCACCUCCAGAGACAGAAGAUCCAGAGAAAAUCACAACAGCAAUUUUCUACUCCAUCAGUUUGACUCAGCAGGGCCUGCAGGGGGUGGAACUUGGCACUCACCUCAUCAAAAGAGUUGUCAAGGAGCUGCAGAAAGAACUUCCUCAGAUAGAAGCUUUUUCCACACUUUCCCCUAUCCCAGGAUUCACAAAAUGGCUCGUUGGUCUCCUCUCCUCCCAGACAAAAGAGCAGGGAAGGAAUGAACUAUUUACAGAAUCUGAGUGGCAGGAGAUCUCUGAGCUCACAGGAGACCCCACCUGUAACACACUGAAGAAACUGCUGAACACCAACGAGUGGGUGAGGUCCGAGAAGCUGGCCCAGGUGCUGCACUCGCCCCUGAUGAGGCUCUGUGCCUGGUACCUGUAUGGGGAGAAGCACAGGGGCUAUGCCCUCAACCCCGUGGCCAAUUUCCACCUGCAGAACGGCUCGGUGCUCUGGAGGAUCAACUGGAUGGGGGACAGCAGCCCCAGGGGCAUCGGCGCCUCCUGCGGCAUGAUGGUCAACUACCGGUAUUUCCUGGAGGAGACGGCCUCCAACAGCGCCCUCUACCUGGCCUCCAAGCAGGUCAGGGCCUCUGAGCAGGUGCUGGCCUUGGUGGCCCAGUUCCAGCAGAACAGCAAGCUCUAGGGGACAUCAUCAUCAUCAUCAUCAUCAUCAUCAUCAUCAUCAUCAUCAUCACAGUGAGCGGUGCUGACUGCAAAGAGCUGUGCUCACCUGCACUGUCUUAUUUCAAUCAGAAUGUGCUCAGGCCUACCUGGGUUAGCUGGUCUUGCUCCACCUGCUUGAAUCACCUGUGGUCUGUCUUAAUGGAGAGUAAAAUCUUCUUCAUCAGGUACAGCCCAGGGGUGACUCAAAAUAAAUACCUGAGCCAACAUUAUUGUGUUGGUAAUUUAUUAUAUCAGCUGUGUUUGAAAGGAGCUGCACUUCUCUGUCAAAAUGCUGCUAUAGAUUGUUCAGAACCAAAGUACCUGGAAUAAAGGUAAAUUUGGGGUCAAAUAUAUUAUCAAAACAGCAAUUUACAGUUUAUUUCUACAAUAUCUAUGUCUUUUGCACCCUCAGAAAAAUCUCAUGUAAAGUGUCCUGGUAUUUUCCUGUUUAAAUCUAAAACUCACAGAAUCUUUGCUUUGCUGGAGGGUGGAAGAGCCUUGCAGUAAUGUUGAAAAAUCAGGGUCUCAGUACAGCAGGUAUGUUAUGUUAGAUUUGCAUGUUUGGCUGCUAAAAUGUAAUGAGCAAUAAGGAAGUGUUCAGAUAGGAGAGAACAAGGCAGACUGUUACUUGGGAAUCAAGUGAGGAGUCUCUAAAUAUGUAUUUAUAUGUUGGCUCUGGUAAUGUUUUAAGUUGAUAAAGAGCUUUUUUAAUUACGAGGUAGGUGUGAUUUAUAAACCAAUAAAACAAACUUUCUCAAUAAA